AUGGAAUCAAAAAAUAACACAAGAGUUUCAGUUUUUCUUCUGGGAUUUUCAGAGAAUCUAGAACUUCAGACCCUGAUAUUCGGACUUUUCCUCUCCAUGUACCUGAUCACUUUUCUUGGGAACUUGCUCAUCAUCCUGGCCACAUCUUCAGACUCCCACCUGAAAACACCCAUGUACUUCUUCCUCUCCAACCUAUCAUUUGUGGAUAUCUGUUUUACAUCAACCACUAUGCCAAAGAUGCUGGCAAAUAUCCAGAAAAAGUGCAAGGCUAUAACUUAUGAAGGCUGCAUUACUCAAACUUUUUUUUUUACAUUGUUUGUAGGAUUGGAAAACUUUCUUCUGGUUGUGAUGGCUUAUGACCGCUUCGUGGCCAUUUGUCACCCUCUGCACUACACAGUCAUCAUGAGGUCUCAACUCUGUAUAUUGCUGGUUUUUAUGUCCUGGAUCAUGAAUGCCCUUAAUUCUUUGUUACAAAGCUUAAUGGUUCUGAAGCUGUCCUUCUGCACAGACUUGGAAAUCCCACACUUUUUCUGUGAACCUAAUCAGUUGGUUUAUCUUGCCUGUUCUGAUACAUACCUUAACUAUAUGGAACUUGAUUUGGUAGGUGGGUUGCUAGGUGGUGGAACCCUUGCUGGUAUCCUAUACUCUUAUUCUAAAAUUGCUUCCAAUAUAUGUGCAAUCUCUUCAGUUCACGGGAGAUAUAAAGCAUUUUCCACCUGUGCAUCUCACCUAUCAGUUGUCACCUUAUUUUAUUGCUCAUUACUAGGUGUGUACUUCAGUUCUGCUGUCACUGAGAACUCACACUCAAGUGCAAUGGCCUCAGUGCUUUAUACUGUGAUCACCCCUAUGCUGAACCCUUUUAUUUAUAGUCUGAGAAAUAAAGACAUAAAGAGGGCUCUGAAAAUUUUACUUGACAGGAUGAAUCGCAAUAGAUUUACCAUAUUAAGUAAAGAAGUGUCUUUCAGAAUCUGUAAUUAG